AUGUUCAGCUCGAAAUCAGCAGCUAUCCUCCCGUCCUACUUCAGCGAGUACACCGAGACGGCUGACAAGCUGGAUAUUAGCACCAAAGUACAACUUCACGGGGUCCUGUGGAAGAGACCCUUUGGGAGACAGUCAGCCAAGUGGUCCAAAAGAUUCUUUCUCAUCAAGGACAGCUUUUUACUCUACUACGCAGAAAAUGAAAGAAAAAACUUUGAGAGCAACAGAUAUUUCAACAUACACCCCAAGGGUGUGAUACCACUGGGCGGAUGUGUGGUGGAGGCAAAGGAAGAGCCCAAUAUGCCAUUUGUGAUGAAGAUUUCCCAUGAGGAUUUCCACGGGAACAUAUUACUUGCAGCCGAGACUGAGUUUGACCAGCAGCACUGGCUCGAGAUGCUGCAGGAAUCUGGGAAGGUUACCUGGCAGAAUGCCCAGCUCGGGGAGGCGAUGAUCGGCAGUCUCGAGGCCCAAGGCCUACAGCUUGCCAAGGAGAAGCAGGAGUACUUAGACAAAUUGAUGGAGGAGACAGAAGAACUUUGUCUGCAGAGAGAACAAAAAGCGGAGCUGGAGCGGCUGAACCAGGUCCUAGAGGUGGAAAAGAACAGGAUUGAGGAAAUGGUCCAGGACCUGAAGUUGGAGCAGGAACAGAUAAAGAGGGAGCUGGAGGUGACGGUCAGCUCGCUGGCAGCAGUGGAAGAAGAGAAGAAGCACCUUCACCAUCUCUCUGAGUCCCUGCAGAACAACUUGGAGGCGCUGUCUCAGGAGAAGCAGAGGACCUUGCAGAGGCUGAAGGACAGCGAGCACCAGGCUCAAGAGCUGAGCAGCAAGAACCAGCAGCUCUGCCAAUCCAGCGGAACUUUAAGGGCCAUCCUCCAGCAGAUCGAAGAGGACAUGAAGAAACUGCAACAUGAGAAACAGCUAGCAGAGGAGAGGCUACAGGAGAAUGAAAAGAGAGCCUGUGCCCUGCAGGAGGAACGUGAGUUUUAUUCCACCCAGUCCCAGGAGCUCCAGGUCUCGCUCUCGGAGCUGACAGCAGAGAAACAGAAGACAGAGAGUGAACUGAAGGAGGAGAUUAAAUCCCGUGCAGAACUGGAACGUAGACUGCAAGAGGCAGAGGAAGCUUUGCAGAGGCUGGAGCAGGGCCUGAGCUCGGCUGAACGUACAGUGGAGAAAAAUGAGCGAAUGAAAGGAGACGUGGGCGAGUUAAGAAAGUUCUUUGAAGAAUGCAUCAGGAAAGCUGAGAUCGAGGCCAACCUCCCAGUCAUCAUGAAGAACUCCGUCUACGUACAAAGAGCAGCUGCUCGCAGGAUCAAGAGUUGCAGGUUCCGCCGCAGGAAGUCCACUGCCGUCUGGAACUCCUUCGUGACCAAUCCCCAUUCUUUAAACGUCCCCCCAGGUGAAGGGGAAGAGGACAUGGAGGAGCUGAAGGAGACGGCCAGGAAGCUGAGCAGGGAUCGGCGUUUCCGCGAGACCGUCUAUAAGUAUAUGACCCUCAAAGAUUCAUCAAAUCCCUGAUGCUGCUUGUGGGCUGUAAGCAAAAGCAAGUCCCACUUUUGCCAUAAUGUCAUUCCUUGAACCUUCGGCGACUGUUCCCAAUGCGCGAGCUCUUUGCAAAAGCUAAACGCGCUAGUUUAGAUUAAAAGCAGCGGAUUAGACCGACUGCGUUUGUUUUUGACGUCGGCUCUUCCACCCUGCCCCACAUCUCUAUAUCAAAGUCUCCCCAUUCCACUGGCUAGCUAAUGGAUGGGUUUUUGUAAGUCUCGCCCCAGUGCUUUGCUGGGCACCAGGUUACAGUGGAGCCCACUUCUCAGUUACCUCACUGAACAAUGCCCUGCAAGUGAUCUAGGAAAAUGCCGAUCGAUCAGUAUUUUUUGUUCUCAGUGUGCCAGAUAGAGGGCAAGGGGAAGCAGGUUUCUGCAUUUUAGCUGACCUGGGCCUCCCUCUUGGUGCGGCUAUCGCUGUUUUGGUGCUGACACUCCCUGAAUUGACUGUGAAUAGAAAGCAUCGGAAGGAAGCAAGUUGCUUGCGAAUCAUAGAACUCCUACAGUGUGGAAGCAGGCCAUUCUGCCCAUGUAGUCCGCAUCAACGCUCCGAACAGCAUUCAAUCCAGAUCCACCCCGCCAACCUAUCCCUGUAACCCUGCAUCUUCCAUGGCUGACCCAUCUAGCUUGCACACUUCUGGACUGGUUAGGAGCUGGUUAGUGUGUAUAAGUACAAAUACACACACAGGAGUGAGCCAGAGAGUGGCCUGCACCUAAGGCCAUUGCUCCACUUAAAAUUGCACAUUGGGCUAAUAUUUUUUUUUUGUUUUUACGAAUUUGGAUAAAAUGUCUUCUUGAACAGCAAGGAUGCUGGUAAGGUUAUCCUAAACUUAUUGGUGUUGUGUAGAGGGAGAACCGCCAUUGUCUUACCAGACUGUGGUCUCAGUCUCUCAUUGGAGAGAAAUGAAAGGUGGUGGUUUAACCUGAAGGUCACUGUGUCUCAGACAGGGCGAAGAGGUUGAGAAGGAGAGCCUUUCGUGGACUUAAAUUGCACAUGAAAAUAUUUUAACUGUCAGGAGUAAAAGAUCUUACGGUGCAGUAGUAUUGUCCCUGUCCCUGAACAGAAAGACCAGGGUUCAAACAAAAAGAAAAAAAAAUGCAGACCCAGAGGGCCCACUUGUGGUGCUCAGUAGUGUCCUUGCUCCUGAGAGACCCAGGUUUGAGUCUUUCUGAAGAAGGGUCCAGACUCGAAAUUUUUCUGAAGAAGGGUCUAGGCCCAAAACAUCACCCUUCCUACUCCUCUGAUGCUGCUGGGACUGCUGUGUUCAUCCAGCUCUACACCUUGUUAUAUCAGGUUUAAGUCCCGUCUGUUUCAGAAGUGUGUAAUAACAUCUCUUAAUAGAUUGAUGAGAAAAAAAAUUUAGGCCUCUUGUGCUGCAGUGAUACGGUCCCUACCCUGGACUGAGAGACCUGGGUUCAAGUCCCACAUGCUGCAACAGUACGUAAUAACAUCUCUGAACAGGUUGAUUAGAAAAAUACGUUAAAAAAAUUGAGAAAAAUUGUGCGUACACUAGUGGCCGUCUUGUGGAGAGUGGUGGUGUCUUUACCUCUUGACCAUGAGGUUCGACUCCUACCUGCUCCAGAGGUAUGUAAUAACAUCUUUGAACAAGUUAGAAAAAUAAGUUAAACACAAAAAAAAGUUCAGGGUGCUAAUACCUUAGAGCAGCAUUGAUGCAUAGAAAUCGUCAGGGUCAGAGGGAGCCUGUAGAUGUUUGAAAAGGAGGAGCGAAUUGGAAGGAGCCAAAGAGAUACUAGAAUGGACAGAAAGUGUUCCUGCCCAGUUUUUCUGCCAGGGAGGUAGUCCCAUGAUUUGAGAUGCAGAGUAAUGCCAACAGACUGGGUUCAAUUCACGAAUCAGCUGAGGAGAGCUGUGCUUCUCCCCAUCUCCUCCCUCCACUUCCAUCCUACCCAGCCGCCCAGAAUUUGUCUACCUCCCUCCCUCCUAUCUGGGCCCUGACCACUCCUGGAGUAGUUCAUCUCUGUUCCUGCUUAGGGAUGGCUUUGCUGCCUGUUGCAGUAUUCUCUGAUAAAUGAACCACCAGCUGAUUCCUAACCUAGCCCAGAGUUUGCGAGUGACUUCAACCGUAAUGCUGUAGUCCUCCCAAAUCUCGAUUUCACUCAAAAGCAGACUGUUCUGUCAUCAGUCAGAUCACCAACACUCUUUCGAAGUGUUAGUGUCACUGAUCUCUCACUCCUAGCAGCUGAAAUACCUUUGAGUUGGUGGGAUUUUGCUUUCUAGAACCUCACUGGCAUGACUGAAGCUGGACUGAAUAUCCUGGCACAUGUUUAGUGCAAAGAUAACCACAGGCUGUUCCUUGUAUGAAGCUGCCCCCGAUAACACGCUGCUGUUGAAGUUUGAAAUUGUUUGUAAUUUUUUUGAGCACUAUAAAAUGCUCAGGUUUCACUCUUUCCGUAUGCACUUCUUUUCCCCCCUUUCCCACCCCACACCCCCGAAGGCCCUAUGAAUAUUCAGCAUUUACCCUGCCAAGUGCACAAUAUUGCAUCUGCCCAACUGUCCAAUCAUUUGCCAGUCACACUCUCAAACUCGCAUACCCGCAACUCAAAGUCUGCCUAGAGCGGUACAGCAUUGUCUGCAAACCUGGCACUACCAGAAAUCUUUGAAUCAUUGGAUCGCUGAUAGAUUACGUGCCAAUCAGAUUAGUUAAAAGAGUGAAAGGCAGCAUUUAUAACUUCUGCAGAGAGCAGGGGUUACGAAGACUUAUACAACUGCUGUAGGCAAUGUGUUCAACCGUUAGACUAGGCACUCUGACCUCCAUGCCUGGUGAUGGAUUUCAGUCCAGACCGUUGACUUUCCUCCUCUUCAGAUGCUGUCUGACUGACUGCUUUUCCAGCUCCGCGUUUAUUGACUCUGGCUUCCAGCAUUUGCAGUCCUUAUUGUCUCCAAGACUUGCCACGUGCCAAUGUGAAUCUUAUUUAUAAUUUUCUCGGACUGAGCUGUUCAUCAUCUGGUCAUUCCCACCUGUUCCAAGCACACAUUUUUGUCUCUUCAGCCACUCAAUCCACGUUUAAAUCCAUGACAUAUUCAUUAAUUAAAUUCUCCUGCCUCUAACCACUCCGCCCUAUUCCAGGCUCACUCUUGUUCUUCUUGUCGUGCCCCGCACCACCACUUCCUCCACGACUUUGGUAUAAAACCCAUUACAUUUUUAUCAUCUCCUCCAUGUCAAAGAAGGGCCAUACUGACCUUGACAUGUUGACCCAAUUUCUCUCUCCAUGGAUGCUGCCAGAUCUGCUAAAUGUCUCCAAUGCUUUCUGUUUUUACUCCAUUUAUAAAGAUGGUAUGCUAUAAGAGUAGCUAACAGCAGGCAGUUCAGCUCCUUUAGCAUGUUUCACUGUUCAGUUAGAUCAUAUAUGAUCUUAAAAGUCAAUUCCACUUGUCAUCCAAAGAUGUUCAGGUUAGGUGGAUCGGUCGUGCAGGGUUACAGGGAUACGGUUGGGGUGUAUGCCUCAGCGGUAUGCUAUUUGGAUGGUCAGUGUGGACUAGAUGGGCAGAAUGUCUUGCUUCCACACUGUAGGGAUUCUGCGAUUCUUUCUUCCUUUUCCGUUAUCAGCUUACCCUAAUCAAUAUUUAUUGUGCUCCAUUUUGCCCAUCCGAUUCCAGAUUUCUGCCCCCAUACUACUCUCUCCUGAGGCUCUCCAAGAGUAGGGCAUGCAGUCAAUGCCGGUUAUGUGGGGGAGGAACAGGGUCAGAGAGAAGGCCAUUCAGGCAAUUUCUAAGUGAGGAUGCUGCCCAUUGGAAAUAACUCAGGUCAACAGAACAAUGCUGUAGAUGGUGGACCACUGAGGGGCAUCAGCCUGUGUGGCAGGGAAUGAACUUUCCCUCCCAGCCAGAACUAGGCACUUCGCUGAUGGGAUGAGAGAGUGGAAAUGGGGCUGGCAGCCCAGUGAGAAAAGCACUCUGCACGCUGCAGGAAUUGGGUGGCAGUCUUGUUGACAAAUCAAGGAGCCAGCGGACAGUAUGUAGGGGUAAGGUGGGGAGAGAAAUGAGCAAAGGGCAUUUCCCCCAGUAGGUAUGCCUAUGUUGAAGCUGCAAGAAUGACAAGAGCAUGUCCCAGACCACCAUCCCCUGCCCCACCAUCACCAUCUCACCCCCAACAUCACUGACUCACUCCUCACCACUACCAUCACUACCUUUCCCCCGCCUAUCAUCAUCGUCACCUCCCAUCUCCACCAAUACCAUCUCCCCCUAUUUCCACCAUCACUGCCUCCAUGACCAAUUCCAUGAUCCCCAUCCCCUCCACCCCUACAAACCCCACCACCACCCUGGAGAGACCAUGCAAAAGAGACAUUGUCACAAUUGGCUAGAGACAGAGGGUACUGGUUUGGGUGGGGGAAUGGAAAUGCAGGAAUGAUCAGGCAGUAAUCUGGGUUCUUCUAGUAGUGAAACUGGGGGAAGCCAUUGGUACUAGGUGGGUGGUGAGAUGGUUUGGUUGGGGCAGCUGCCUCUGCAUGGGUUAGGGCUACCACAGGAAACGAGAGGGCCCCAAAUUACUCUCCCCAGGGAAGCCUCUGGUAGGCCCUAGCAGGAUGAACUUGAUGAUCUUCCCUGUGACUGAGGGUCAUUGAGAGCCUGAGAACAUAUACAGUGAGCAUAAAAGAGGCAUUAGUGGCCAGCUAGUUAUCUUAAUUAAUCUGGUUCGUGAGCAUGUGGACGAAUACCAUUUCUAUCUCUAGCCUGUCUCCAGAGAGGUGCUAAACUCUGAGCUAGGUGUGUUAUCAGUUCAGCAAAACAGCCAAUACAGUGGGUUACAGACAUUUGAUUGAAUACAGAUUAACCACCUCAUUCAAUAAGUGUGAAAGAUGGAUAUUGUUGAGUCAGAGUGCAGAAUCUUGUGAGGGAAAGCCAACAUGAGCCACUGUCCCCCAUAUAUUCCCUAGAAGACAGGUCCAACUAGGACUACUAUCAGGCAGUAGCGAGGCUACAAGUGUGCAUCUGAAUGGUAUCAAGACCCUACGGGGUGACAUCCCACUUGGUGAGAGCCAAUUGGAGGCCAUGGUGGCUGUGGGAGAACAGCCCUCACCAAAAGAGAUCCUGGAGUCCCACAGUCGCAGAGGCCACAAGUAUAUCAUGCAGUGGGGUUGGGGGAGGGAGAGAUCAGGUGGGGAGAGGGGGACACCCAUUCUCAAUAUCAAGUCCCUGGAUCAGGCCCUUUUUGCCCCUUCUGGAGGCUUAGCACCCUUCUUGUUGCAAGUUCACCUGUUGACUUAAUUGGCCAAUUACAAGGCUGAAAUUAGUGGAUGGGUGGUCAGUCAUGGGCCAAUACUCUCCUUCAUUCAGGCAAAAGCCUGUAGACACUGGGGCCCAGAUACUUCACUUCAUCAAAUUUCCUUCCUGCCUCCAAGCUCAGCGCCAGAUUCUGCCAUAGAGGAGAUUAUUCAGCCUACAGAGAGCAUGUUGGCUACCUAUGACAGUGUGACUGAUGGUUUGAACGGACCCAUGGCUUUAUGUCCUUUCUAUAGGGUCAAAUAGCAUGGACACAGGCCCUUCUGCCCAACUCCUCCAUAUUGACCAGGUACCAUUUGCCUGCAUCUGGUCCAUAUCCUUCUAGACCUUUCCUAUUCGUGUACCUGUCCAAAUAUAUUUUAAAUGUUGUCAUUGUACUACUACUACUGUUACCUCUACUGCUUCCUCUGGCAGUUCAUCCCAUACACGCACCACUGUCUGUUUAAAAGUUGCCCCUCAGUUCCCUUUUAAUCUUUAUUCUUUCACCUCAAACCUAUGCUGUCUAGUUUCAGACUGCCUGACAUGGGCAAAAGAUCUUGGCUAUUCACCCUAUACACGCUCCUCAUCAUUUUAUAAACAUCUAUAAAGUCACUGCUAUGCUCCAGGGAAAUAAGUCCCUGCCUAUUCAGCCUCUCCUUAUUACUGAAACCCUCCAGUCUCAGUAACAUCCUCGUAAAUCCUUUUUUCAGCCUUUCCAGUUUAAUAACAUCUUUCCUUCUUUCAUGCAUGUUCGUAGAUAUUUUAACAUCUCCAACGGGUAUCUGAACUUCUCAGACACCUGCUUUCCCAAAUGUUCACAGGACUACAUCCAAAGCAUCAGCCUACCUCUCCAAAGGAGCAACAAAAAUGCAUCCAGUAAUGACCUGCUCUUAACAAAUGUGCACAUUCCAGUUCCAUGAAAGAAGAAUGCUGACAUCCUGCUGCAGUGCAGCCAACACUCUAUUUAAAUAAAAUAGAGUCCUGACAGUUCGGAAAGAGGUCACUCGUCCCCAGCAUGUCUAAAUAGCUAGCUGGCUGGCUGCCUCCACAUUUGCAUAGAACCCCCUAGUGUCCUGUCCUAACCCUGGCAAAACUGGCAAUGCAAUGUCUAGUAUCUCUUUCCUCUGGGGCACAAAUCUGGGACUUGGUCCGCCUCAUUUCCAGCACCAGAUCCAAUAAUGCCCCCUUCCUAGCAACACUGCAAACAUUUCGGUGAAGUAAUUUCUCCAGAAGGCAAAACAGAAAUCCCUCCUGUUCCUUACCCUUUCCACCAAACACUGUCCCAGUCUGUACUUGAGUAAUUGAAAUCCCCUCAAAAUCACCCUGUAGGUCUGACUUUCUUUCUAUGCUUUGUAGGCUUAUAGAAUACCACCAAUAAUGUGGAAAUAUCUUUGGUGCUUCUCAACCAAGCAGCUGAGCACUCUCAAGAUUAGUUCCUCUUUCCAACUCCACAACCUCCUCCCCAAUUAGCAGUGGCACCCACCUCCCUUUGUUGUUUGUUUUCAUGCUUGAAUAAUUAGCACCUAGUUCUCUCCAUUUGUAACACAUUUCCCAACUAUUUCGCGAGAAGGAAGCCAUGUGGUAGAAUUGUUUGCUCUUUUGUUUUGAUUCCAAACUUUUCAGUUAAGGUAGUUUCAGAUAAUUCCGGGAUUUUGGAAAACAGGUGACAUAACCAUACCAUCAACCAUCUCUAAGUCAUUGGUGGCACUGUUGUACAUGUGCCCUGUAUGCUGUCGGACAGACAGCUGGAGAAUUGCAUUGUGAUUGAAAACGAGAGUGUCUGCUACGUAAAGAAGUAAGUUUCAAAACUGAGGGAAUCCUCCAGGGAGAUGACAGGUUAGGCAUUAGUCUGUGAUCUGGGUCUUCAGCAGUUAAACUGAUUUGAUCUUCAAUAGAUUGGUCAUUUAACACCAUUAGCUGUCCCCACUCUCAAAGGGAAACAUUCAAAGAUUUGGGAUCAAUUUAUGAAAUAUCUUGUGAAGCAAAACCACAAACAGGCGGCUGUGUGGAUACACAUACAUACCUCACAGAGAUAUACAUACACAAACACUUGACACAGACAGACAUACAAAAUUCAUACGAGUAAUGCACUCAUCUCACACAAACUCAGGUAUGCGCGCACACAGGUAUUCACUCUGAUAUCCAACUUUAGUUAGAUGGCUCAAUGGUAGCAGAAGAGUUGAGAAGCCAUCCUCUUGUUUCUUUGGUGGUAUUGACAAGUCUAUUUGCAUUGUGGGAAGUGGUGGUGUGACGGUAAUAUCACUGGAUUAAGUCAUCCCAAGGCCCAGGCUCAUAUUGGAGGAACCCACAUUGAACAAAUAAAAUCUAGAAUUGAAAUCUAAUCUUAGUUAUGGAAAAUUUAUUAUUGAUUCUCAUAUAAUCCCAUAUGGUUUACUAAAGGAAAUUUCCUUACCCAGUCUGGCCUCCAUGUGACUGCAGACCCAAAACAUGGUUGUCGCUUAACUGACCUCUGAAAUGGCUAAGCAAGCUGUUCAGUUCAAGGGCAAUCAGGGAGGAAUGGUAAUGCCCCAUUCUCAUCAUAAAAAGAUAAUUGUUGUAUCAACCAAUCUAUAGGAAUUGGGGUAUUUUUGACAGCCACUUUGACAAUGCGUUUUGAUGAGUUACAGCCAACAAACCCAUUAAAACUACAGCAGAAUCUCCCAAAUGAAGUUGGGCAAUUUCACCAGCAGGAUGCAGCGAGUGAAGUGUGAUUAUAGCACAGAAAAUAACCACAAAAAUUCAUAGUUGAUCACUUACACCAAUUUGCUUAUCAGCUCUGGCAUUUUCCUGAAAUUGUGUCACAAUAUGUAGCCAGAAGCAGGUCAGUUCAGUUCCCCUGAGUAAGGCACAUGCCCACAGUGGUGAAAAUAACUUGUAAUAACAAAUGUGCAAGUUCUGUUUGUACUUUAAAUGGAAGAAUAUGUUCUGUGCAUCAUUGAAAAUCCGGCACUAAAUUUACAUAGAUACAGUCUGUAUGCGUUCUAAUCCAUCAUGACAGUUCUUUCUCUGGCAUUAAGGCAACUAAUGAUGGAGCGGAGAUAUUAUUGGUUAUGUCAAGACAGGAAAUUAUUUUAAUACUAAUUAAAAGUGGCUUGUGCUGUCCAGCAUGAAUCUUCUGAGUCUUUUAAAAAAUAUCCCAAUUGCACUGCUUUGAAAUUGUUAAGGAGUCAGUUCACCGUGAAAAUGAAUUCAAACGCUCCUCAAAGAGCAAGAGAGAAGCCGAUGUAUCAGUUAGUUUGGGAUACGGUUUCAUCCCCAAGAUUAUAUCGCAUUUGUGUCUAUAGGAUGCCUGUGAAUGGCCUGGUCAUCAAGAAAUUCUCAGUAGGUUUGUGAUUAAACCAUUUACUUUGUCAGCAUCACCAAGGCUGUCCAAACCAACAAGACUGAAUAUAUUAUGCCAUCCUGCUUGAAUUCUGAUUGUCUCUGAUGCUUUCUUGAAUUUGGUUUUGUUGCGUCCCAUUUAUGCUUUCUCAUUUGCCUUUCCAUUCCAUUUGCCGUGCAUUAAUACAACAGGGAAGGGUCACGCCCUGCAAUCGUGAGGCAUAGUGGCCCUUGAUGCCUUGUGUAAUGUGAGGAGGUGGGAUUUGACAAGACAUAUGAAAAUUUCCCGACUGUUUGGCAAGGGAGGACAUUCAAUUUGUGUCUUUCAGUAAUUGACUUGGGGGUAAAUGCAGCAGGAAAGUGAACAGCAGAACUUAUCUUCUCUGCUUCAUCGGUAGGGGUGUUCUCAUCACCAACUGAGGAAUGUUAGAUUGAAAAUGAGUGAUAUUUUGCACAUGAUGCAAUUGAAAUUUGCUUCCUGUUUGUUUAACAAUGUAAUUAUGAUACGUUCUUUUUCUCUGAAUUGUAUGUAGAAAAAAAUUGUAAACAAGAGAAUGCUGGAUUAUAACAAAAUUGUUCUUAGAGAUUAAGCGUUAAAAAAUAAA